UUUAACUAUCGAGAAUCUAUCACAUCCUCUCAUAGUCCAAGCCAUCCUGUAAGACAUAUUUUAUCCUAUUACCUUCACGCACGUACCAGCUUUUCCGAGUCUUUGACGACGUUUCCUUCAAUAAGUGGGUCUAUAGACUUAACACUUGUCUUCGUGAUCGCCAGAAAGUCUUCACGUCAUCGUCUGGUACCGCACGUUUGCUAGGGACUAGCUUCAUACCACGCGUUUCCCUUGGCCGAAGUAAUUUUGCAACGAGUCCCUCAUACAUAACUGCCGAUAAGGACAGAUCGAUUGGUGUUACUGCUAUCAAUCUCUGCAUCAAUGGCGCAAUCACUGAAGAGUGGGUGCCAAAUCGCUCGAAGUGCGCUGCGUGGAGCCGGUGGGUUCAAAAGCGCGCGACUUGCCACUACUCCAUCGGCCCUACGUUUACCUUCAUCUUUCUCCUCUACUCGUUCGUCCACUGCCAGCUCUUUCUCGACAACCUCCGCAACCAUGUCUACCCAGAAAUCUUUUGUACAAGCUGUUGAAGAGCGACGCAGUCACUAUCAACUCAACAAAGAAGCGCCAAUCUCAGACAAGCAAAUUACAGAGCUCGCUGAGCAUGCUAUUCUUUAUGUUCCCUCUGCUUUCAAUAGCCAGUCGACGCGCCUUGUUAUCCUCCUGAAUCAGGACCACGAAAAGUUGUGGGACUUUAUUUUGGAGGUUCUGAAGCCAUUGACACCGGAGGACAAGUUUCCUAAGACAGAAGAGAAGCUUGCUGGCUUCAAAGCUGCAUACGGAACUGUUCUCUUUUACGAGGAUCCCGCUCCUGUCGACAAGCUCAAGAAAGACUAUCCUAUUUACGCGCAUCAAUUCGGCGAUUGGAGCGAGCACGCCAAUGCCAUGCACCAGUUCGCAGUGUGGACUGCUCUUCACGCAGAAGGUUUCGGCGCCAAUCUUCAACAUUACAACCCCAUUAUCGACCAGCGGGUCGCGCAGGAAUGGAGCGUUCCUGUCGAGUGGCAGUUGAGGGGCCAGAUGGUGUUUGGUGGGCGCUCAAGCGAGCCAGGAAAGAAGGAGUUUGAGCCUGUACAGGGCAAAAGACUAUUUGUGCAUGGAGCCAAGCAGUAGGG